AUGACCGUGGGGCUCUGCAAUAGUCUUAGUGCUGACACCUGUGCCAGAGAGUGGCUACAGUACCAGGGCAACUGCUAUGGAUAUUUUGAGACCAAGAAGACAUGGGAAGAAGCUGAGAUUGAAUGCCAGAGUUACCACCGUGGGGCCCAUCUGGCAUCCAUUCUCACUCUUGCAGAGACUCUCGUAGUGGCUAAUCACAUCUUGGCCUACCAGACUAAACCCAGCAAUGUGUGGAUUGGACUGCAUGACAUUAGACAUAAUGGAAAAUGGAGGUGGUCAGAUGAAUCUACCUACAACUACAAGGCAUGGAUGCUGGGAAAACCCAACUUGGGAAUGAAGGAAUAUUGUGUUGAGUUGGUCCGUCCUGUACGUGGGGCCAAUAUUCCUAAAGAUUCCAAUCAUCAAUUUGAAGAAAUACCCAACAGAGAUCGAAGAGGUGAAAAUUCAUGA